AUGCGUCUUCUCAGCCCUAUUUUCGCAGUCUUCGUUCUCUUUGUCUUUUCGGUCGAGAUUGGCGAUGCGCACAGGAGGUAUCGGCCUCACAAGAGAUGGGGAGACACUUCGGUCUACGGAGAUGGAUUCGGCUUCAGAAUUGACGAUGAUUAUGAUGAUGAUGAUGGUGAUAUCGGUGACCACGAUGAUCACGAUGAUCAGGACGAGCACGUUAAAGAUUAUGAAGAGGAAGCACAUACGACGUUUGAAAACGAAGAACACGGAGAUGAGCAGGCUGAGGAAGCUGGAGAAGACGACGAAUAUGAGGAUUAA